AAUACAGACUGCGGAUUUUUCUCGUCAAAAGCAACCGGUUUCUGCUCCUAUCCGAUCCCUGGCCGAUCAGCACUGCGGCUGUGAAGAGAUCACUAUCGGCCCGCGCACACGAGACGUCAUUGCUGUACAUUACAUAGUACAACCGCCCGUGCAACAUGAGGUCCUGUACCACCGGCAGCUACCAUCUCCUGCAACGAUUAGCCGGCGGAAGCAGCAACCAAGCACCAUUCAACGCAGCAGCAGCAGCAUCGUUAUCAGUGAUGCAUGGUUCUCGCAAACGACUGUCCUCGUCGGGGACCUGGGACCUAUAUCGCAAAUAUGCGGAUUCGCCGGAGGACCUCGUUGAGCUAAUGCGGAGGAUCGUGAGCAGAGGAGGGAGGGGCAGGAAGCAGGACAACGUGCCGAAGGAGGUGGUUAAGGUGUUCUGCGGGCGAUACUCGCAGCUGGACCAAGCCGGCAAAGAGGACCUCUUGCUGAGCAUGGCCAGGGACUUCACGCCAAGUCGCGAAAGCGUGGAGGCGGCCGUGGACCGGUACGCUGCUUCGGUUUCGUCACCUGCGGAACCCCCCGCGGAGCCUCCGGCGUUGGCCGCCGGUGCCGGGGCGGCCGACGGAGUAGAUGAAGAGGGCAGUAGCGGGCGGCCACAGCAACCAGGGGUUGGCGGUGACUCGACGGAGUCGUCCGGGCGGCUGGAGCGGGGGCGGCACGUGAGAGCGUACGAGCGGCUGCGAGAGGAGCUGUCUCCGGCGUACGAGGCGUUGCUCAAGAACGUGGUGGCGGAGUCCGACGACGGUGUACGGUUCGUCGUCGACCUGAGACAGGAUCUGCUGGAAGUCAUGCGGAGGGAGCGACGGCGGCCGGGGGCGGGGGAGGGAAAAGCGGCGGGGCCGGACCCCCUACUUUCGGCACUGGACGGGUCCAUCCGAUCCCUGCUGCAGGCGUGGUUCAGCGUCGGGUUCUUGGAGCUACGGAGGAUAACUUUCGAAGACUCUGGCGGGGCCCUCCUGGAGAAGAUUGCCCGCUACGAGGCCGUUCACCCGGUGGGGUCCCUUUCGGAGCUCAAGGCUCGCCUAGGGGAAGGGCGACGCUGCUUCGCGUUCUUCCACCCCUGCCUGCCCGACGAGCCGCUGGUGUUCGUGCACGUGGCCCUGCUUCCCGAGGUGGCCGGGAGCAUGGACGACAUCGUAAACCGCGGUGGCUGCGGCGAGGAAGAGGAGGGGAGCGGGUGCGAGGAGGACGAGGCCCGAAGCGCGGUGUUCUACUCGAUCUCGGCAACGCAGAAGGGCCUUCAGGGAGUGCAGCUGGGGAACUUUCUCAUCAAGAGGGUGGUGGCACAGUUGAGGGCCGAGCUGCCCCAGCUGGAAACCUUCGCGACCCUGAGUCCCAUUCCGUCGUUCCGGAGUUGGCUGGGCAAGAAGGCAAAGCACCGAGUUGCCCUGGGCGUCGACCACAGCGAGCUCUCCGGAGAGAUCCUCCUCACUGCAGAAGAAGCCGUGGCGAUACUGGCCGACGUCACAGCUAACGACAACGACGGCCGCCCCCAAGACGACGUCAGCAACGACAAAGGGGGUGCUGCGGCAGCCCUCACUGCCCUGGAAGCCGACGCGCGGCGAGAGGCCGAAGCCCUGGCGGUGCUCCUUUCGAACGACGGCGUACCCGGGGCGGCGGCCGAAUCGGCGUUGACGAGGCUCGCGGCGAGGUACCUCGUGAGGGAGACCGUCCGCGGGAAGAUCCCCGACCCCGUGGGGAACUUUCACGUUUCCAACGGAGCGCGGGUAGAGCGGCUGAAUUGGAUGGGGGAUCUCUCCUCGCGAGGCGUCAAGAACAGCUUCGGCGUCAUGGUUAACUAUGUGUACGAUCUUUCGGAGAUCGAGUCGAACAACCGGCAGUACCUCUCGAAGGGCGAGGUCCCCGCAUCCAAGGACGCGCACGGGCUCGCCUGGUCUUUGCGCCGAGCGGGACACGGAAAGGGCAAGGCGGGGCAGCAACCGCCAUCGACAACACCUCCUUCCCCAAGGGCAGCUUUGUAG